GGUGUAUUCAUUACGCGGAUUUCGCUUCAAAAGCUCUCGUCUGUUGCAAAACGUUUAGCAACGGAAACCUUUCACUCCAAACGGAAAACAUUUCGCAACGAAAUUAAAUAAAUCUAGGUCCCUCCCCGUCGGCUCUGUUUGCUUCCGCGUAAUGAAUAUACCUCUGGCAAGAAAGAAGUGAAAUGAGAAGCUAGCUGUUUAGCUACCCGUCUGACUGCUCGGAAAAAUGUCGACGUGUCCUAUUAGCUAGCUAGCAUAAUCAAAACUAACUUUGGAAAAGCGUCUAUUCGGCAGUGAUGUGAUUUUCCAGCUUGGUUGCAACGGCCGUUAUUCCCGAGACCCCAGAUCAUCCAGCAGAUGGAGGGGGGUGCCGCUGCUGCCCCCGCCCCCAACCCUCUCUCCGAUCUCUCCUCCCCCCUAACCCCUCCUGUGACCUGUAACCCCCCUCCCUCUCCGUACCCCCGGCCCUCUGCCAAAACCUCCAUCAGCGAAGACCAGUUUGGGUGCCACUGUUGCUACGACGUCCUGGUCAACCCGACAACGUUGAACUGUGGCCACAGCUUCUGCCGCCACUGCCUGGCUCUCUGGUGGGAGUCGAGUAGGAAGACUGAGUGCCCCGAAUGCAGGGAGAAGUGGGAGGGCUUCCCCAAAGUCAACAUCCUGCUGAGAGAUGCAAUAGAGCGGUUGUUCUCAGAGGUGGUGGGUAGGAGGAGAGCAGAGAUCCAGAGGAACCCCAAGAUCUCCCAGAGCCUGCUGGCCUUUCAGAGGUAUGGUGAUCAGGCAGCCAGAGGAAUCCCCAAGACCAGUCCUGGUAGAGGAGCAGGAGGGUUCUUCUCUGGAGUUCUCACUGCACUCACCUGUGUCGCGGUGAUGCUUCUGGUGUACCACUGGUCCAGUGGAGAUGGGGUUCAUGACCUCUUGGUCAGUAAGCCUGUGUCAAAAUGGACGCCGGAGGAGGUUCUGUUCUGGUUGGAACACCUUGGGGCUUGGACCUCUGUCUAUAAAGAACCCUUCCUGCAGGAGAACGUUAACGGACGGUUGUUGUUGAUGCUCGGUGAUGAGGAGCUGACCAGAGCUCCCUAUAACAUAGACAACCAGGCCCAUAGGAGAGCGAUGAUGGCUGAACUGAAGAGGAUCAAGAAGCUGGGGGUCGAGCCACCUCAGAACCUCUGGGAGUACAAGGCUGUGAAUGCAGGUAAAUCUCUGUUCCUGCUCUACGCUUUGAAGAGUUCUCCUCGCCUCACCAUCCUCUACCUCUACCUCUUCGACUACUCCGAAACUUUCCUCCCCUUCCUGCACACCUGCUGUCCCGCCCUCUCACGCACCAGCGAGCCAAUGGAGGACAGCCUCCCCCUCAACCAGCAGGGGCACCCCAGCUGGCGCCAGUGGGCGGAGUUCCUAGUUAAGUACCUCCUCCUUCCGUACCAGCUGAUCGCUGAGUUUGCCUGGGAUUGGCUGUCGGUUCACUACUGGACGUCACGGUUCAUCAUCGUCAACGCCAUGCUGCUGUCUGUGCUGGAGGGCUGUGUCCUGUGGAGGCUCUAUAACCGAGCUGAGAUCAGGAGUCUCCCUCAGAAGAUGUGGGGUCACCUGUGGAGGAUGUCCUCCCAGGGUUUUGCCUUCGCCCUGUUCUGGCCGGUGAUCCCUCAGUUUGUGUGUAACUGUCUGUUCUACUGGGCUCUGUAUUUCAACCCCAUCAUCAACAUAGACCUGGUGGUGCAGCAGCUGAUGCACCCGGACACACAAGGGCCGUGAAGGACUGGCCGGCUCCCUACGUAGUGCACUACUUCUGACCAGAGUCCCUAUGGGGGGUAGUGCACUACUUCAGAGUCCCUAUGGGGGAUAGUGCACUACUUCAGAGUCCCUAUGGGGGGUAGUGCACUACUUCAGAGUCCCUAUGGGGGGUAGUGCACUACUUCAGAGUCCCUAUGGGGGGUAGUGCACUACUUCAGAGUCCCUAUGGGGGGUAGUGCACUACUUCAGAGUCCCUAUGGGGGGUAGUGCACUACUUCAGAGUCCCUAUGGGGGGUAGUGCACUACUUCAGAGUCCCUAU